AAGCAUUUUCAGGGCAACCAACCAAAAAUCAGUGUUCAAUUAUAAAAUUUAUUUAAAAUUAUAAUGUUUGGAUAUUUGUGAGGAUAACUAGCAUUAUGAGCAAUGGGGGGGUUAUGCUGUCUGGGUGGCUGAGGAAGUCACCUCCUGAGAGGAAACUGCGGAAAAAUGCAUGGAAGAAACGAUGGUUUGUCCUAAGAUCAGGUAGAUUAUCUGGUGACCCAAAUGUUUUGGAAUAUUUUCGUCAUCAAGGCUCAAAGAAACCAAUUCGUGCGAUAAGUUUGGAUGAAUGCUCACAGAUUGAUGCAAAUGUUCCUGUAAAAUACGAACGCAAAGAUCCCUCACACCAGUUUGUGUUCGACAUCGUAACUAAAUCAAGAACCUAUUAUUUAGUCGCUGAAAGUAGUUUAGAGAUGACGUCUUGGGUUCGAUAUUUAUGCGAUCUUUGUGGAUUUACUCAUGACAACAACGAGAACCAACAAGACCUGGGUUCACAACAACAAACGUUCAAAGCGGUUCAACCAAUCAGGAGCCCAGGAUUGUCGCAGAAUGGGGCGGCUGCGUUGCUUCAAAACGAGGAACCUGAGCCUGUUGGUGGGGAAGUCCCGUUACCCCUUCCCCGGCCCCCAAACACCAUCACCCACCGCUCCACCAUCAUAAGACGGGGGGUGGAUUCCAACGGGAACAUUUAUACGGGUGAGAAAUCACCCACGGAAGUGAACGGUGCGAGUAUGUCAUCUGCUGGGUCCGGUGAUGUUUCUAUAGCAGGCACCCCGAAACAAGCACGAAAAUAUGAAACCAAUGAACAAAAUGGUUACAGUUACGCAGUUGAGCCUGCAUCUCAGGGCAGCGCAUCAGAUUACCUUCUACUUACCGAUUGCAAUACAGUGGAUACGACCGAUAAAGAAGAUACUGCGUUGUUGAAUCCGAAGUUCACUGAGCGACGGACGUCAACUGACAGCGUGUUCACACAUGAUGGCGCUCUCACCGACAGCGGUAACGAUGUGGUGACCGACCAACCGUUACAAUCUCCGCACCUCAGGUUCGUCUCCAAUAUGCGGAAACAUCGGUUGGACUCGAUGCCAGAUUGCCCCCCACCUCUGCCACCAUCAGGGAACAAUCGUCCCAUUAUCAACACAACGGAUGAACGAGGAUAUUCGUUCCCACCGGAUGACGAAGAUGAAGUUAAAGACGCGAGGAAGAGAUCAAACAUGUCAAGCCACAGUCAUGGUCUUUCCCCGAUCGAUGAUGAUUUGAAUCGGGUUCCGCUCAAUCUACAACGGGAGUUCCUUGUUGAUGACAUGGGGAACCCAUUACAAGGUCACAUGGUGCGUUACCCAGGUUACAGUCGAAACCAGCCAACCGUAUCAUCGGGCACGGAAUAUAUUAACACCACAACUGCUGUUUCAGAAGCUGGGUUUGGUAACUUCCCCCCUCCCCGCUACGAUUACCCCAUACAACAAUACCCCGUACCUGGUCGUCCAUUCAUUUCACCAACCAACAGGAAUGAGUUCCCCCAAGGCUUUAUGACAUCACCAACCUUAUUAAACGGGUCACAAAGGAUCAAUUAUGACACGAACCAAUUCUCACCCAUGUCAUCAGCCUACUCCUCCCCCAAACAUCAAUACCCCAUGUAUGGUUCACCCUUGUCCAAGUCAUCCAUCCAUUCAUCGGCAAGCACCCUCUCCCCACACCACCAUCGUGGAUCACCACAGCGUAUGCACGACCCACGGGCUUCCCCUGCUGGUGCUUUCCCUAAGAUAAGAAGGAGUUCCAGUGUUGGGCAGUUGGAACUUGUAGCGAAUGAAUUAGCUGCACAAACGGACCGACCGACCCCAACUCACACCCGUCGUUGCUCUAUCGACAAUCGUAGAAACUUUUACACCUCCCAACCAUUCUACCAACCCCCACCAUUAGGGGUUUUUAACGAAGGCCCCAAGUCCAACCCCCCACCCCGGCCCCCUAAAUCAGACGCUGCGGUUAAACAAAGCCGUAACCCUGGGAUGCAGGAAUCACCCGUGUUCGUGCGUCGUGAAUCCAAUGUUUCAGUUCAAGCUUCUAAUUUAAGCAAGAGCUCGUACAGCACCUCACGCACACAGAGUUCCGAUGGCAGUGACCCAGGAGUUAAGCCACAUAUUGACCCCGACGCAGCCCCUGUUUCACCCCCACAUACAACCAUACAAGCCAGCCCUAACUUCCCCUUACAUAGUGAAGUAGUGGGCACGAUAGACCUUGAUAUGGAUCCAUCUGUAUCGCCCAUACAUUCAGCAAUCAUCAAAACCAUCCCCAUCCAACCAACACAUACGGAUACCAAGAUGAAUGGUGAUUGUGAUGUCACACAUCGCUCUGUUAGCAGCAGUAGCACUGGCAGUGGAACAACAUCAGGUUCAUCCCGAAGUCGAUCACCCACGACAGAACAUGUGACCCAUCGUGCUCACGACGUCACAAAGACAGAUGGGGUAACCCCCCAACCAGAUACUUCACUGUACGAUGUCCCGGGUCCAAGGAAAAAUACGGAAGAACCAAGAAAAGAUAUUUUAUACGACACACCUCACCCACAAGGACAAACCAAUGGCACCACGCCCCCUAAAAACCCACUUUAUGAUGUUCCUGUGCAUCACAAUGUCCUUUAUGACGUACCGGUGUCAAAAGGUCAUGUACAGGACAAAUUAUACGACACACCAAACAAAACACCCGAUGCCAACAAUAACGCUUCUCAUGCUUUGGCUCCUAUUGAUGAUAAACUAAGUUAUGAACCAAUGAUGAACCAAACAACACCUAUGUAUGACAACCAAUCGUCCUACACAUGCAUGGCUGGAGCCACCACGUUAAUUAAUUCCUCCCCAUUUCCAACUUUGAACAAAUGUUCGCGCUCCAACGCAUCGGAACCACCACCAGUGAAGCGUGACUUGAAACCGGGGCGUCGAAGUUUGGGGUCAGACAGCGGGAACUCUGAAGGAAGCCGAACCAUCCAUUCACGAAGUAGCUAUGAAGACUCGUUCAACACUCCAGAAUCCUCGCAUAGAAAAAGUGAAGCUGUAUUCACACAAACCUGUCAAUCAAACGACGUCCCCGUCUCCCCACCCCACACUAUAGUCAUGCAUUCAUCUCCCAACACCCCUGUUAUUGGGUCGCGUCUACUGCCCCCAGAAAGGCCCCCUAAACACCCCAGUCAAAGCUCCUUAUCCCCACGCACCCCACCCUCUAAUAUACCCGGGAGAGCUUACCCUUCUUAUGGCAUGGAUCAUAUCCAAACCCAUUCCAUCGACAACCAGAUCCAUAGGAGCCCCUCGUUAACCCACCACGGCCCCAGGAGAUCCAACCCCUCCUUGGUCCCCGGUCGACCCCCUAAGCCAUACAACAUGACCAUGCAGACCCCCCCACCCACAGCCACGUGGGACGAUGGUUAUAAACAACGUCAAUACCAACAAGCUGGGAGAGGAAGGAAAACGAACACUAUGAUGACCUCGGAGUUCGCCAUGAUGUCACAUUACCCAAAGCCAGGUGCGGUCCCCCCACCUCCCACAGCUGACCCCCCACAAAUAACUUACGUUGAACUUAAAAACUUCCCAACAACUGGAGGGAACGCUUCCAACUUUACAACGGACCAACCAAGUGGGGUCGGGGAAAGGCCUGCUAAAACGGAAGAGGUUGUGGAAUACUUUAAACUUGACAAAGAGAAGACACAAGCAUUGGAGAGGACCAAGCUUGCUUUGGAACAAGAACAAAAAAGGGGUUCUAUUGAUGUUAGAAAACCUGGGAAAUGAAGUGGUUUAGGUGGGGUUUGAACCUGGUAUCGUAUGGUUGUGCUGGCCUUCAAAGAGAGGUGGAAUAGACCAUGGAGUGGAUUAGCAAACUGACCAGUUCGGGAUUGAAACACAAGCAGCCACUUUUGUCAAACCAAAUAUUGCUUGUAGAACAAGUUACAACCCCCAAUAAUUCUACAAACCCACAGAAAGUUCCUGAAUAGAUAGUGGGUUUUAUGGGAUGGAUUAACUGUCAUGGCCAGGGCUGGAUUUCAACCAGAACGCCAAUCCAGAAGCUCAAUAACUAUUUAAGUUACUGGAACGGUGUUCCGUUAGUUGCGUGACAACUUAAACCCAGAUUGCAUUAAAUUGAAUUGACUAAACAGCUUCUAGUUUUAAAAAAAAUCUAUCCCUGGUCAUGAUAUACAGACAUAUGCAUGGUGAUAGGUUGGUGCUGUUUACAUUGAAGUGAAAUUUUAUUUUUAUCUGUUGCCAUUUUAAGCGAGGGGCAAAGUGCAAUGUUGGGUGCAUUCAUUCCUGAGUUAUUACGUCACAAUUUAUUACAAUGUCGUUUAUGAUGUCACUAUCACAUGAUGUCAUAAUAAUUGUUACGUUAUAAAUGAUUUUGUUCCUCUUGUUGAGCAAGUCGAUUUAAAUUGGAAGUUUUUUGAAUCUUUGCGACCCCUGUUCGCACUGAUACCGCUUUGCCGAAUCUGUUCCAGUUUCUUUUUUUAUAAAAUUUAAAUCGAAUAAAAUGCUGCAAACCUUU